UUCUGUGGGUAGGUCUAUUUCCUUAAAACCACAGGAGAUAGUGGGGCGAAAUGUGUGUGCUUAAAGAAGGUACAGGCAGGAGGCCCUAGGCAGAGUGCAGGGGUUGGCUGAAGGUCAGAGUUGCCAGAGGAAGGGACCCCAGGCGUGAUGCUCCUGACUCUGCCGAGAGUGGACACCAUCUGGGACUCUCCUGCUAGGUGCCAGGGAAUGUCUGAAUGCUCCCGGCACCUGGCCUGCCAUCACAGCCCCAAGGAAACCGAGGCUGCAUGACCUGCUAAGAGUGGGCUGAGGGUCUGGCAUCAAGGCCUCCCUGGCGGCUGUCCUGAUGGGGCCCUGUGCUCUUCACACUGCACAGCAGAGGCUUUCUGUGGGAGCAUUCUUCUCCCAAGGGACAUGCAAAGAAGGCGAGGACCUCGGCAGGGGUUGUCUGAGCUGUCCACAUCCUACUUCACGUGCUCGCCAAAGACUCCUCUGGCUAGACCCGAGUCGUCCAAACCUAGGCUCCUUGCCUUGAGUCCAUGGUGGAGCAGGGCGACAGGGACUGCUGACAGGCAGAAGCAGCGAACCCUCGAGGUCAGUGGGGUUUCAGGACCCCUGCGAGGCACUGUGAGAAGGACCGACUGGCUGCCUGUGAGCCCACAGGGAAGCAGAUGAAGUUUGCCUGCCUCUCCUUCCGGCAGCCUUUUGCCGGUUUUGUCUUGAAUGGAGUGAAGACCCUGGAAACGCGGGUGGCGUCCCUGCUGAAGAGCCACCAGAACUGCACCAUCGCCAUCCACAUCGCUCACAGGGAUUGGGAAGAAGGGUCCUGGAGGCAGCUGCUGGAGGAGAGGCUGCGGAUGAGCCCUGGGCAGAUCCAGGCCUUGCUCUGGGAAGGGGAAAAGUUUGGCCGAGGAGUGAUAGCUGGGCUCGUGGACAUCGGGGGAAACGUCACAGUGCCCGGAAACUUAGCUCCCGAAGAGGUUGUGGAACUGGAAAAUCAAGCCGUACUCAGCAACCUGCAGCAGAAGUACUUGACAGUGAUUUCAAACCCUAGGUGGUUACUGGAGCCUGUCCCUCAGAAAGCGGGGAAGGACAUGUUUGAGGUGGACAUCCCAGAGCAUCUGAUCCCUGUGGAGCAUGAGGUGUGACCAUCGUGGGCCGGAGAGGAAAGUUGUUGAGAAACCAACAUAAAAAUAAAUCAUGACACAGACCCAUACAGGCCGGGUUAAGUCUGAAUUGCCACAGCUGUCAGCGCUGCUCAAGGACGCAGAUUGCUAUGGUCAUGAGAAGGGAACGAGGGAGGCGGGCUUUCCUUGUGCAGGGAAAGUCCUUGAGAAGGUCUCUGGUACCUUGACCUUUAGCGGGAAGGCAAGGCCACCCGGAAAGGUCUUGGCAUUGCCUAAUUCUUAUCCUGGUCCCAUUGCUUUCUAGAAUGUACAAAUAAACAUG